AUGCCCGAUGUCACGUGUAACAUUCCACUGCGGAACAUUCACGCUUCCCCAAAGGAGAAGUCUGGUUUCUGCGGCAGGUGCUCGCUUGUGAGUGGGUACAUGUUGCCGUGUGUUGCGUGCUGCAUCAUUCUCACUUUUGUCGUCGGCCAUAUGGCAUUUUUCAUUCUUUUAAUGACGCAUUAUCCGGAUGUGCUGCACAUCAUUUUGAGCGUUCUUUUCAUGUUGAUUGAUCUCCUGCUGGAGGGGAUCGCACUUUGGUCGUUCGUGCAGGUUAUUCGCACGUCGCCAGGGUAUGUGUUACCGACACCGUGGCGGGAUCCGCCGCGAUACGAGCCCAGGCGCUGGGGCCGCCCCCGCCCAUCCACCGCCCAAAACGAUCAUGCCCAACAUAACGGACAAGAUAACCCCCACAGCCAGGAUCAGCCGAAUACUUAUAAUCCUAAUUCUAAUCCUAAUCCUUCCAACCCCCCUAGUCAUAACCCUAUCAAGGUGUCUGAUAGCGUCAAAGACGACCACGACGGUACCGGGGUGGUGGCGUUGUCGUUUUCCGAAAGUUCCCGCCCAACGAUGUCGGAGGGAGAGGGCGGGGGAGGCACUCCUCCUCCUCGUUUUUCUUCUUCUCUCCCGCCUUUGGUGGGUGUUCAAGGGGAGGUGACGGUGUCGAUUUUGGAUUACCGCACCGGCGCGCUUCGCUACUGCGCGCGCUGCCAGCUUUACAUGCCCGACUUCGCGCAUCACUGCCAGAUUUGCGAGCACUGCGUCUACCGCAUGGACCACCACUGCCCAUGGGUGAAUAAUUGUAUCGGGAGAAACAACUACAAGCUUUUUCUAAUCUUUCUUUUCUACCUUUGGACGUCGUGGCUGUUGGAGGCGGGGGAGGUCGCGAUCGGCAUGUUUGUGAUCGAUCACGAUAAGCAUAUGGAUCGGAUCUGGUGCUACGCGCUGUUAGUGCUCUCGGCGAUCCUCGGGCUGUCAUUUUUGAUGUUUUACACGCAGCACCGUAUCGGCGUGCGGCGUGGGAGGAGCACGAUGGAUUCGGCAAUCCGUCGGAGGAAGAAGCACGCCGCGAAACGCGUGCACACACUCAACAGCCUUCCCCCCAACGCCGCUCAAUGCGACGAGGAAUCGGAGUGGAAGGAGGCGCGUAUCGCCGAGUUUAAACACGCUCUCUUUGGCGAGGAGAAGCGGUUUUGGCGGCGCUGGCUACCCUUUCCCAUUCGUACCGAUGAUAACGCGAAUGAACUCCUGUAA